AUGGAUGAACAGAAUGAAUUCGAACAAGAUUUCAGAGAUGAAUUUACUGAGGGAGCAUUUUUUUCUGAAUCUGAUAUGUCAGAAGAUAUCCUUGAAGCCGCUUAUGCGGUUGACUCCGUGCAAGACAUUACAACUUUAAAAUUUAGUGAGAAUUUUGCGGAGGAAAUUGGCAAAUACCACUUUUCUACUUUGCAGCUUGCAUUUGAUUUUUAUAUGAAGUACUCAAAGUCGAAGGGCUUUAGUGCAAGGAAGAGCAAGACCUUCAAGAAUAGUACUGGCAAGAUUUACAAACAAAAGUUUGUAUGUCAUAGGCAAGGAUUCAGGAUGAAGAAAUAUUACACGAUGGAAAAAAGAAAGAAGGAGCCUAGAUUGGAAACAAGAACUGGAUGUGAAGCCCGAAUGGAUGUUAAAUUUGUACCAGAAAGUGGAAGGUGGCAUAUCUUUUAUUUUUCUGACGAACACAACCAUGAUCUAUUGGAUACACAAUUCAGUGCUAUGUUGCCUGCCCACAAAAAAAUGUCAGAGGCAGAUAUUAUGCAAAUGAUGAACAUGCUAAAGUCAGGGAUUAGCACCUCACAGAUAUUUGGUCUUCUAGCUAGUCAAGCAGGCGGGUACGAAUUUGUUGGCUAUGGUCCUAGAGAUAUGUACAAUGAGAUUGCUCGGCAAAGGCGUCAAAUUCCUGGUGAUGCAGCACGAGUGUUGAAGAAGUUGGAGGAUAUGCGGUUAAAGGAUCCACAAUUAUAUUUCAAGGCAUGUCACGAUUCAAGAGGUUUGUUACAUAAUUUUUUCUGUUCUGAUGGGAUUAGCCAACUAGACUACCGACUCUUCGGGGAUGUUAUUGCUUUUGAUGCUACGUACAAGAAGAACAAGUAUAGUUGUCCAUUAGUCAUAUUCAGCGGGGUUAACCACCACAACCAAACAAUUAUUUUUGCUGCUGCGUUAAUUGCGGACGAAACUACUGAUACAUAUAUUUGGCUCCUGCGUCAGCUCAUGUUUGCAAUGAGGGGCAAGACCCCGACCUCAAUCAUAACUGAUGGGGCCAUGGCCAUUAGGAAUGCAGUAAGAGAUGUAUUUCCCGAAGUUAGACAUAGAUUAUGCGCUUGGCACCUUAUUCGAAAUGCAACUAGCAAUGUUGGAAAUCCAUCGUUUACAUCUAAAUUCAGAAAAAUCAUGUUAGGAGACUACGAAAUUCCCGUGUUUAAGCGUAAGUGGGUUCAGCUUAUUGAAGAAUUUGGCAUUGAGGAUAAGCCGUGGGUGAUCAACAUGUACGAAGAGAAGCAUAUGUGGGCUACUGCAUAUCUAAGAGGAAAAUUCUUUGCUGGCUUUAGAACUACAUCAAGAUGUGAAGGUUUACACUUAAUUGUGGGAAGGUAUGUAGGGUCGCGGUAUGAUUUGACAAGUUUUGUAGAGCAUUUUCAAAGGUGUGUUGCAUACAUGCGCUUUAAAGAAUUUAAUGCUGAUUAUGAAUCUACACGUGGGGUGCCCGUCAUGCAAACUUGUAUAGAGCUGCUAGAGAGAUAUGCUGCUGAGUUAUACACUCAUGAGAUAUUUCUUUUCUUUCGGCCAUUUCUCUCUAGAGCUGGAUCAAUGCGGGUGCUAAACAUAGAUAAUACUGAUGAUUGCAUAAAGUACAUUGUGUGUAAGCAUGGGAGGCCCGAUUUUAUGUGGACCAUUGAUUUUUGUCAAGAAGAAAUGAUCUUCAUGUGUACCUAUUUAAGAAUGGAGUCAUUUGGUAUUCCCUGCGAACAUAUUGUGAAAGUUAUGGUUGACAGAGACAUCUGUGAGAUUCCCCGGUCAUUGGUAUUGGAUAGAUGGACAAAAAAGGUUACAUCAGCACUCAAUGAUCCAAGUGGGUUCACCAGGGAUGCUGUUGUUCUUAGUCGUCAAAGUGCCUUGGUGGAAUUUUCUAAACAAUUGGCUGCUGUUGCUGCUAAAGUACCAGAGAGAUAUGAAGAGACACGUGACAUAAUUAUGGGAUUGUACUCAUCUUACAAGGCUGCAGACGAAGGCACUAAUCAACCUCAGUCAGGUGUAGCUAGAAGUAGCGAUCCGUAUGUGCAUCAAACCACUGGAGGCUCAGGACAACCAUCUAAGAAGAAGAAGCGGCAACGUUGUAGUGUUUGUCAAAUGGAAGGACAUAAGAAGACAACAUGUCCUUGGCAAAAGGACAUUGACAACAAUGUUACAGAAAAUGAAGCUAACGGUUCGGACGAUGGCGACAUGUGUACCGAAGUGACGGCUAAGUUAGAUAACUCCAUCUUCGAGAUUCCAAACUCAAAUCCAGAUCCAGAACGCGCAUCUGCCUCAGAUCUCAGUGCCUCUCUCACAAUCAGUCCAGGCUCCUCUCUUCGAGCUCCUGGUCGUUCGUCCAGCCACCGCCUGCUACCGCCACCGUCGGAACUUCGAUUGGCCACCGCAUGCUCCCUCACUUCCCCUCCAUCGCGCCGCAGCCAUCGCUACCUUCCUUCCCUUCCAUCGCGCAGCCAUCAUGCGAACGUGGAAGCCUCUGUCGCGCAGGUUCCCCACUUCUCCUCCUCUUCCUCAUUCAGAUACAGGUAUACAGCGCCCCACCCCCAAAACAGAAACCCUAGGUUACUCCCCCACUGCCGCAAGGGUCUCACUCAACACCGCCGUUGCGCUCAGGCACCAUCGUGUCUUCGUCCGGUCGUCUGCGGCUCCACGCUUCUUCCUCAUUCAACAAUUGGUGCGUCUUCCUCGAGCUCACGAAGAGUUGGUCCAAUGGAGGAUAGCCAGGAAAUUGAGGAGCAGGUGCAGGAAGAAGUGAUUUCAAACAAUGAAACUGAAAAGAAGCAGGGAACUCGUGAUGAAAUGCUUUCGCAGUACAGUUUGAUCAUAGUAUGAGGGAUAAGAUUAGUGAAACUGAAGGUGGAGGACAAAUGUUAUGUAAUAUUGUAAUCAUAAUUUGAUUAAUCUAGCUUUUUAAUUAUAAAUAGUAUUUGUUAUGAUUGUUCCUUCUUUUAUAGAAGUUGCAUCUACUAUGUGAUCAACUAUUGUAAUCAUUUUUUGAUUAAUCUAGCUUUUUAAUUAUAAUUUUGUAUCACUGUGUGAUCAUAUUGUUCA